AAGUCCUCGACUUACGACCGGCUGGGUAGUCCUCGACUUACAACCAGUUGGGGGUUGCAGCAUUAAAAAGGUUGAGAACCACUGCUAUAGUAAGUUUAAGUAGUGAUACCAAUGAUGCUAACUAUGGCAUCAAAUGACAUGACUGUUGUUCUCACACCAUGCCUGAAAGAGGAAGAACAUUUUUACUAAUGACACCACAUGCACCAAUAAAACAAAAGAGCCCAUAUGUCAGCAAUAACAGAAUAAAUUUCUGCCCUAGAGUAUAUACAUACUAAAAUAACUUCUUCAUAUAGAGUCUGGCAGACCUACUGUUUAUCAUCUAAGAAGGAGAGAAUUCUCUCAUGCCCACCCUAAAAGAAACCAGAGGGGUUGAUUAAGACCUUCUCUAUGGUAGACUUGUCCCUCAGGAAAAGGUUGCUCCAUGAGGUUGGAUGAGCCUCUAUUUUGACAGUGGUUCAAAAGAUUAUGAAAACAGUUCUCUUUAAGAGCAUUUGGAAUCAUCUGAUAGAAGUCAGAGAUUUAUCUUUAGUUUUUCAUAGUUUUGUUUACCAUUUAUUAAUUUUAUGGAGGGAUGCUACUGAUUUAUCUCAUAAAUUGUAAGCCACCUAGAGGUGGAAGAGUAGAUAGCAUUUUGAUCAAUGUGAGUUACAAAUAAAACAGUUUGAUAGUAUCAGAUUACUUCUAGUAGUCCAGUAUAAAUGUAGCUGAAUUUCAUUGUGGAAACAAUCCACUGUUAUCAAGGAUUUUUUUUCCUUUGAUGUCCCCCAUGCUCCCAUCAUGCAAUGGUUAGAAUCAGGUAGAGUGGUCAUUACACUUGAGAAAGGCUCAUUUCAUGGGUAUUACACUUUAUAUGAUAUAUGGAAUAAGUCCCCUGAUAUUCAGAAGAGGUUCUUAGAAGGGGCUGUAGAUGUAAUUGCAAUGUGGAGAAGCAAUAAGUAUGGUUAUAAAACUGAUGUUCUGUUCUGGAUCCAACACACUGAAUUUCUGUAGCAUUCUAUAGUGUUUCUCUCUUGCCUAUGUUUUUUAAUGAGUUAGAAAGAAUCCAACUUUUCCUCUAAGUACUGGUGUAUUACCCCUUCAUCAAAGCUUUAAGCUAUGUAAUUACUUUCUGAGACAUGAAUCAUCUUGGCUCUUAGCUUCCAAACCAGGUUUCCUCUAUAAAAGGAGAAUGGGAUCUCUUUGUUUGCUCUUCUCAAGCCACUCUUCAUAUAUAGGAAGAAAUGGAGGUGUUUUGCAUCUUCUCCCCAGCUUUACUUUUGAUAUUUUGUUUGAAAUACUCAGCUGCAGCCCCGGCUCUUUUCGCAUUGCCAAAAACAUCCAACUGGAGUGAUUUCUACAUUGCCCAGGAAUACCUUGACAAAUACUACACACCAAAAGGAAGACACCAAGCUGCAGAAAUGAUCAGUGGUGGCAAUUCCAUGACAAGGAAAGUCCAGCAGAUGCAAACUUUCUUUGGCUUACAAGUCACCGGGAAGUUGGACCACAGCACUAUGGAUAUAAUAAAGAAGCCUCGCUGUGGUGUCCCUGAUAUAGCAAACUAUCGACUUUUCCCAGGAGAACCUAAGUGGAAGAAAAGGACACUGACAUACAGGUUAAAAAAAUACACAUCUAGCCUAACUCAGGCAGAAGUUGACAAGGCUGUGGAGAUGGGUCUGAAAACAUGGAGUGCUGCUGCCCCACUGAACUUCAUAAGGGCAAAAACAGGGGAAGCAGAUAUCAUGAUCUCAUUUGAAAAUGGAGACCAUGGGGACUCCUACCCAUUUGAUGGGCCACGAGGGACCUUGGCACAUGCUUUUGCACCUGGGGAAGGUCUAGGUGGAGACACUCAUUUUGACAAUGCAGAGAAGUGGACGAUGGGGAUGAAUGGAUUCAACUUAUUCACUGUUGCUGCUCAUGAAUUUGGACACGCACUGGGUCUUGCCCAUUCUACUGAUCCAUCGUCUUUGAUGUAUCCAACCUACAAAUAUCAGCAUCCCUUUGGUUUCCGACUCCCAAAAGAUGAUGUGAAAGGGAUUCAGGCAUUAUAUGGGCCACGGGAAUUUGGAUCCCGAAAGCCUCCGGUUUCACGUCAACCUUUUUCCAACCUACCAACACCAUACAAUCCAGAUCAUUGUGACUCCAAAUUUUCAUUUGAUGCUGUAACAAUGCUGGGGAAAGAGUUACUUUUCUUCAAAGACAGGUACUUCUGGAGAAGGCAGGCUCAACUCACAAGCCACGUGCAACCACUCAGCAUUACCAGCUCUUUCCCUCAGCUCAUGUCAAAUGUGGAUGCGGCCUACGAAAUAGCUGAGAGAGGAAUUGCUUUUUUUUUCAAGGGUCCUCAUUAUUGGACAACGCAUGGUUUCCACAUGCAGGGCCCUCCUCGAUCUAUUGCAGAUUUUGGAUUUCCUAAAAAUGUGCUACACAUAGAUGCGGCUGUCUACCUGAGAGAUGAAAAAAAUACCUUCUUCUUUGUAGAAGACGAAUUUUACAGCUAUGAUGAAACAAAACGGAAGAUGAACGAAGAAUUCCCAAAGAGCAUUGAGGAUGAAUUUUCAGGAAUUAAUGGUCGAAUAGAUGCUGCUGUAGAAGUAAAUGGAUUCAUUUACUUCUUUUCAGGCCCCAAAGCCUAUAAAUAUGACAGAAAAAAGGAAGAUGUGGUUAACGUUGUGAAAUCCAGCUCUUGGGUGGGCUGCUGAGGCUAAAACGGCCAUCAGAGGAUGACAAAUGAGCUAGCCAAUACAGAAGCCAAGGCAAGAAUUGCAGUCCCCUUGGUUUUACAUUCAGAAAAAUGACUACAGAGCACCAUGUUAUAGCUCAAAUCCAGUGAAGAAAAGAAAGCAAAUGAAAAUCAGCAAUUCAAGAAACAAACAUAAUAGAAUCUCAGUUACUUUGAUAAUCCCCAAUUCACAGAUGAUAUGAACUGCCCAUAUCAUAUGAAUAAGUUAUUAGAAACCCUUACCUGAUAAAUUCAGAUAAGAUGCAGAAAUGAUACCAUCUGUAUUCUCCUAUUAGAUGCCAGUCCCUUGUUUCUAUGCCUCUUCUAAACAGCCCUACAUGAUUUUGUAGGGUUUUAUCCAUAAUUCUUCAUCAAUGGCAUAUAUUAAUAGCACAAUACUUCAGAGGAUGUGAUGUGAGUAGAAGACCAUUUAGGGUUUGUGGCAGAAGUAAGAGUAAGGGACAGUAGUAACAACAGUCCUCAAAUGUCUGACAGUGGCCAAAAAAAUUGUCCACCAGUUUCCAAAGCCUCUUAAAUCUUCCCCAAUUCAUGUUUCUCUUUUCGUUUCUUUCUUUCUCUCUUUGAGUCAAUUUUUGACUGUUGGCAACUGCUUGGACAAAUCGUUGCAGUUUUCUUGGCAAGAUUUCAAAGUAGUCUGCCAUUGUCUUUUUCCUAGGGCUGAUACAAUGGCGGGCCCAAGUUCACCCAGCUGGCUUCAUGCCUCGGGUAGGACUAGAACACAUGAUCUCCUGAUUUCUAGCCUGAUGCCUUAACCACUAACCAAACUGGCUCUUCCCCAGUUCAUUACCUAUAAGAAAAUUGUAAAUCCUCUGUAGUGGCUGUAAGUAUUUCUCAAGACAACCUAUCGUGUUGUCAGUUUGCUAAUUAAAUAAUUAUUUUUUAAUCAGAGGGGCUAUGCUCGUCUCCUAAGAAGAUUGUAAGCUCCCUGAUUCUAACAGAAUAUUAUGUAGAAAAAAUACAAUUUCUUGUCUGGAGCCAAUCUACUUGCUUGCCUUUGUGUAUAAUGAGAUGUAAACCCCUCCAGUGGUGCUCUUUUUCCCUUCAUGAGUAAAAUAAUAUUAAAGAAGGAUUAUUUGUUGCAGGAAAGGGUUUGUGUGAUUAACCUCAAGGCCUAAUUCUGACAUUUUUUCUGUUUUUGACAGAUGUACAUUUUGAGGCCCACCAUAAUUAGUCUACCUAUCCAAAACUGGUACAAAUUUCCAAACUAAGUCAUGAAUGUUUACAGAGUUGUCCACAGGGGGAAUGUCAAACAAUUCAAUGAAAUCAAAGCAUCACUUUUUAUAUGUGGUUUAAAGUAUGUAAGAAUUUAAUCCUUACUAUUUAAUCCUUAUUAUUGCUCUCAAAUUAUGGAACAGGGAAUAACAAAAAUGGAAGAGACUUUGAUCUUCUAGUCCAAUCCCCUGCUCAAGCAGGAGACUCUAUGCCACUUCAGACAAACUGAUUUAAAUCUUCUGUUUUGUAUUUUAUAUUGUUCUAUUUGAAGAAAGAUAAUUUUAGAACUAUUUAUUAUAGAUAGAUAAUAAAUACUGGACAACAAUAAUCAAACAAAAUUACAUGAAUAAACUAUCUGCACAGUAAAAGCAAUGGUCCUGAAAUGAGAUUCACUUUAAUUGCAUCAAGCCUAAAUUAAAUGUAUAAUAAUUUUAUGUUGCGAUAUGGAUAUCAAAGGCCAAAUCUCAUAUUUGCUUUUUAAUUUGUUUUUGUUUGGUUUGAGGGUGAUAAUUAUGGGUUUGUUUGCUUCUGAAAAUAAUCCACUGAAAAAUAAUGACUAAAGAAUAGAGCAGACAUGUCAAACUCGUGACGUCAUGUGACGUCGCGCGACAUAUCUGAACUUUUUCCGCAUUGCCAGCAGUUUCCUCGUGACGUGUCUGACCAGUGGGCCGGCAGUUUGACACCCCUGGACUAGAGUUAUGAAGGCAGGGGGGACAUAUGCCUUGUGAACAAGCAUUCUGUGUGUGCUACCUGCUCUAACAUACACCAAUUAAAUGUGGACACUAAUUUCACAAUCAAUACAAAAGCUACGAGUGUCCUCUGUUGUGUUGUUUUUAAAAUAUAGAUAAACUCAUGCAGUCCUGAUCAACAACUUCAGAGUAAAAACAAGAACAACAUAGAGUAGAGCAGGGGUCUUCAAACUUGGCCCUUUUAUGACUUGUGGACUUCAAUUCCUCUGGGAGUUGAAGUCCACAAGUCAUAAAAGG